AGGAUAUAUAUAUAUAUAUAUAUAUAUAUAGUAACUACUACAACAAUGGAGUUCAGCCACCGCCGCCACCAUAACCUGAUUCUGGUUUGCAGUUUGUUUGUGGUGUUUUGUGUUGUUGCUUGUGAAGCAAGUCACCUGGAAAAGCAUUUUUACAAGAAAGAAUGCCCUUACGUGGAAGAAAUCGUCCGGAGCAUAACAUGGCAGCGCACCUCCAGUAACCCUCAACUGCCCGCCAAGCUUCUCAGAUUGCACUUCCAUGAUUGCUUUGUCAGGGGAUGCGAUGGAUCCAUAUUAUUGGACUCAACGACGAGCAACAAGGCAGAAAAAGCAGCGGCCCCAAACCUGUCUGUCGCAGGUUUCGAGGUCAUCGACGAAAUUAAGGCUGCAAUAGAAGCAGAAUGUCCCGGGGUUGUUUCUUGUGCAGAUAUUGUAGCUUUGGCUGCUAGGGACUCCGUUUCGUAUCAGUUCAAGAAGAAGAUGUGGUCGGUGCCCAUGGGCAGAAGGGAUGGCAGAAUUUCACAAGCAAGCGAGGCCUUAUCUAACCUUCCCUCACCCUUCUCUAACUUCUCCACCCUGGUUCAACGUUUUGCUAGUAAAGGACUUGGUGUCCAUGACCUAGUCAUUUUAUCCGGUGGUCACACGAUUGGUAUGGGACAUUGCAACCUAUUCAGCAACAGGCUAUACAACUUCACAGGAAAGGGAGAUCAAGACCCAUCCUUAAACCCUUCAUAUGCAGACAUGUUAAGAACAAAAUGCAAGAAUCUUAACGACACAAGCCCGGUGGAGAUGGAUCCCGGCAGCUCCCAAGAUUUCGAUACCGACUACUUUGUCAUCCUCAAGCAGAAAAUGGGGUUGUUCCCGUCCGACGCAGCACUCCUUACAGAUUAUCAUGCCAGGAAGAUUGUGGACAAAAUGGUUGAUCAAGAUUUCUUCUUCAAAUCCUUUGCUAAAUCCAUGGAAAAGAUGGGAGCCAUCCAAGUCCUCACAGGGAAUUCUGGAGAAGUUCGCAAGAAUUGCAGAGUUCCCAAAUCGAUAACUACAAUAAUGGAGUUUAUAAGCCCAAGCCCAAGCCGCCAUCUUUAUCUGAUCCUGGUUUGCAGUUUUCUUCUGGUAUUUUGUGGUGUUGUUUCUGAAGCAGGUCCUCUGAAACAGAAUUUUUACAAGAAAGAUUGCCCUAGAGUGGAAGAGAUUGUUCAGAACAUAACAUGGCGGCGCACCUCCGACAACCUUGGACUGGCAGCCAAGUUUCUCAGAAUGCACUUCCAUGAUUGUUUUGUCAGGGGAUGCGAUGGAUCCAUAUUGUUGGAGUCAAAUUCCACGAACAAAGCGGAGAAAGAAGCAAUUCCAAACCUGUCUCUAGCCGGUUACGAUGUUAUUGACGAAAUUAAGGUUGUUGUAGAAGCGGAGUGCCCUGGAAUUGUUUCUUGUGCUGACAUUCUAGCUCUGGCUGCCCGGGACUCCGUUUCAUUUCAGUUUAAGACACCGAUGUGGUCGGUGCUGAUGGGCAGAAGGGAUGGCAACAUUUCACGAGAAACUGAGGCCAUGGCAAACCUCCCCUCACCCUUCUCAAACUUUUCCACCCUCCUUCAAAAUUUUGCUAGUAAAGGACUUGAUGUUGGCGAUCUUGUAAUUUUAUCAGGUGGUCACACAAUUGGUGUAGGGCAUUGCAACAUAUUCAGCAAUAGGCUCUACAACUUCACAGGAAAGGGAGAUCAAGAUCCAUCCUUGAACCCUUCAUAUGCAGACAUGUUGAGAACAAAAUGCAAGAAUCUUCAAGACACAAGUGCAGUGGAGAUGGACCCUGGAAGCUCUCAAGAUUUCGAUGCUAACUACUUUGUCAUCCUUAAGCAAAACAUGGGAAUGUUUGAAUCCGACGUAGCACUUCUGACCGAUGAUAAGGCCAGCAAGAUCGUUGACAAAAUGGUUGAUCAAGAUUUUUUCUUCAAAUCCUUUGCUAAGUCUAUGGAGAAGAUGGGAGCCAUCCAAGUUCUCACUGAAACUUCUGGAGAAGUUAGAAAGAAUUGUAGAGUUUCCAAUUCAUAGAAUUAUCGAGUAAGAGUCAAAUUUGGACUCGUCUUGUA